AUGGCCGAAUCCCUCAAUGUCAUUGCGCUUAUUUCAGGUGGCAAAGACAGCUUCUUCUCCCUUCUACACUGCGUCCAAAACGGGCAUAAAGUCGUUGCAUUGGCCAACCUGUACCCAGCUCCAACCACACCAACGAGUGAAGAGAGCAAUCAUGGGGUCGACAAUGAAGAAGAACACGACCUGAAUAGUUUCAUGUAUCAAACUGUCGGCCAUACCGUGAUCCCCUUGUAUGCACAAGCGCUGCAGAUUCCGUUGUACCGGGAGCCAAUCGUUGGGACCGCUGCUCAGACGGGUGCUAGUUACGCCCAUGAUGAAGAAGAGCGCUCUGAAGCGCAGGAUGAAACCGAGUCAUUGGUUCCCCUUUUGAGGAGGAUCAUAGCUGAACAUCCAACUGCAAAUGCUCUCAGCACUGGUGCAAUUCUCUCCACCUACCAACGGACACGAGUGGAGUCGGUAGCGUUACGACUGGGCCUCACGCCCCUCGGGUUCUUAUGGAAGUAUCCGAUUCUUCCUCCAGGGACGCAGAUAUCACUGUUAGAAGAUAUGCAAUCCGUGGGUCUUGAUGCCAGGAUUGUAAAAGUUGCAAGCGGCGGGCUGGACGAGAGUUUCCUUUGGGGGAAUGUCGCUAGUCCGCCUGUCAUGCGGCGAGUGGAGAAGUGUAUGAAGAGAUUUGGCACUGAUGGCGAUGGUGCUGUGCUUGGAGAGGGAGGUGAGUUUGAGACUCUGGUAAUAGACGGACCUUCGAGCCUCUUCAAAGGGAAAAUUGUGAUCCUGGAAGAGGACAGGAGCAUAGUCCGAGAAGGAGGGGGUGCUGCAUGGCUGCGGAUUCGACAUGCUGAAGUGGUGAUGAAGAAUAUCGAUGAAGCCGAGGAAACGUUGUGUCGACUACCCGGGACUCUUGAUCAAAUAUUCAGUGAUGCUUUGGGGGAUCUUGAUGGAAACCAGGAAGCUAUUGGCUCUUCAAGUUUAUUGGGAACGUUCGAAGGGCCAGUAAGUCCUAUUCAACAACCACCAUUGAGACCUGUCCUUGAUACAGACAAGGGGGGAAUCGUAUAUUGGGUAGUUAACCCGGCAGCAAUAGGAUCUGAUGCUUCCGUCUCACAGCAGGCCUCCAGUCUCCUAACAGAGAUUCAAAAACGGUUAACCAAACUCUCCCUCCAAUCUACUGAUAUAAUUUCUACCUUAAUCAUCCUUCGUUCUAUGCAAGACUUCACAGUUGUAAACAAGAUCUACAGCACACUAUUUACAAAACCCAAUCCUCCGGCAAGAGUAACUAUCUCCUGCGGCACCAAUCUCCCUGAAAAUACACACCUUAUAAUCCACCUCCGAAUCAACAAUCCGCAGUCCUCAAACCAGCCAACAAGGGUUGCAAGAAAAGCACUUCACGUGCAAUCCCGUUCUUACUGGGCACCCGCAAACAUUGGGCCGUAUUCGCAAGCUAUAUCAAUACCCCUACCCACUCCCUCAGCGGACUCGUCCGGUGGCCAGGGGGAGGUACGAGUUGUGGCUGUGGCAGGCCAAAUUCCGUUAACCGCCCACACCAUGGCCAUACCCCAUCUAGGCACUAAAAAUUCCACAUCAUCGCCACUAUCUGCUCAUGACACUUUUCUGGCAGACUGCAAAAGCCAAACUGUCUUAGCACUACAGCAUCUCUGGCGCAUCGGGGAAGAAAUGGACGUAGGGUGGUGGACUAGUGCUGUUGCGUACCUCCCUGCCGCUUCAGCAGAAAGCAAUGCGGAACGAGCCUCGAUAGCGGGACAAGCUUGGAGAAUUGUCCACUGUGAGACGCCCACUGUAGAGGAAGACGGCGAUGGGGAAGAGCGAGAUCUGUGGGAGGAGAAGUACUACGCUGGAAUGGCACAGCGAGGGGCCCAGCAAACUCAGAAGUUGUUACCGGAUUGGAAUAUAGUGAAACCAUGCGGUCGAAGUAUAGAUCAUCCACCGUUCUUCGCGGUUGAGGUCGACGAGUUGCCAAGACAGAGCAGUAUUGAAUGGCAUGCUCAUAUGGGGGUUGUUAACGGACCUGUUACUAUACAUCCAAGUGCGCAUAACCAUAGAUGGAGUCUCUAUCAAUGCACCUUUGGGGGGCGCUUGCAGUCUAUCAUUGCGAUCGAGCACCUGGAACCAAGUUCUGAGACGAGAAACGCAUUGCAUGAAGCUCUCGAGGCUCUUGGCAUGGACGACUCUGGAGAAUCUGGAUGGUUUGCUUCGUAUGUUGACGUGUCUGUUCAAGGUGCCUGGGGCUCGGGAGUUAGCAGUGGUAUGAUUCCGUGUACAAGGAUAUGGGGUGGUUCUGGUAACAGACUUGGUGCGGUUUUGAUAAUUGGUACUGUGGCAGCGUAG